ACCUACUGAGACGUUCCAGUGUUGCCGCUUUAAGUGUACGCAAUGGCUAGGCUCCGAUUUGAUGCUUUGUAGCGGUCCAGACACCUCACAUAAUCAAAACAACGUAACCAAGCGUCUGCGAUACGGCAAAGUUGCAGAUUUCAAACACCAUGCCUGUGGCAGCCACCGGCACAGAGCAUGCAGUGCCGCAGGUGCUGGACACUUUGAGUGACAGCACAAGUUCCACCACUGCCAAUGACCUGGACCUCAUCUUCCUCAAGGGCAUCAUGGAGAGCCCAGUGAGCGCAGAGAGUCUGGAGCAGACACGGCCAGAGGCCGUAAGGGACAAUAAUGUGGAGCUGGUGCAGGACAUCCUGAAGGAGCUGAGUCCCUUCACACACCACAGCAACACAGCUGCUGAGCUCACUCGCAUUCUAAACCAGCCACACUUCCAGUCACUGCUGGAGACCCACGACUCUGUUGCUGCUCAGACGUGUGAGACUCCGCCCUCCAGCCCCUGUGCUUUUAUGGAACCGCCCAUUAACAGCGUCCCGGUGCCAGCUGAUGCCAUACGCAUGGUGGGCAUUCGCAAAGUUGCUGGAGAGCACUUGGGUGUGACCUUCCGUAUCGAGAACGGAGAGCUUGUGAUUGCCCGUAUCCUCCACGGGGGCAUGAUUGAUCAGCAGGGCCUGCUUCACGUGGGCGACAUCAUCAAAGAGGCGAAUGGAAAAGAGGUUGGUGAUGACCCGCGUGUGCUGCAGGAGAUGCUACAGGAGGCCAGCGGAAGCGUGGUGCUCAAAAUCCUGCCCAGUUACCAGGAGCCACACCCACCCAGACAGGUUUUUGUGAAGUGCCAUUUUGAUUAUGACCCAGCCAAUGACAACCUCAUACCUUGCAAAGAGGCGGGACUGCAGUUCUCAAGUGGAGACAUUCUGCAAAUUGUUAACCAGGAAGAUGUCAACUGGUGGCAGGCAAGUCAUGUAGAGGGAGGCAGUGCUGGCCUGAUUCCCAGUCAACUUUUGGAGGAAAAGAGGAAAGCUUUUGUAAAAAGAGAUGUGGAGCUUUCACCAGCAGCCAAUCUCUGUACUGGAGUUGUCGGCAAGAAAAAGAAGAAAAUUAUGUAUCUGACUACAAAAAAUGCAGAGUUUGACAGGCAUGAGUUACCCAUCUAUGAGGAGGUGGCAAAAGUCCCUCCAUUUCGCAGGAAGACACUGGUUCUGAUCGGGGCACCUGGAGUGGGCAGACGAAGCCUGAAGAAUAAACUGCUUGUGUCAGAUCCUCAGCACUACGGCACCACCAUUCCCUAUACAUCUAGGAAGCCUAAAUCUGCAGUAAGGGAGAAUAUGAUGUAUGCCUUCACAUCUCGGAAUAAGAUGGAAGCUGAUAUCAAAGCUGGCCGGUAUCUCGAACAUGGUGAAUUUGAUGGUAACCUCUAUGGCACCAAGAUCGAGUCCAUCCAUGAGGUAAUAGAGGCCGGACGCAUCUGCAUCCUGGACGUCAACCCACAGGCACUAAAGGUCCUCAGGACAUCAGAGUUUCUACCAUACGUGGUGUUCAUCAAAGCUCCUGAGUUUGAGGUCCUGAAGGCCAUGAAUAGAUCUGGGAUUGAAGCAGAAGUGGUGACCAAACACCUUACAGACCCAGAGCUGAAGAGGACAGUGGAUGAGAGUGCCAAGAUUCAAAGAGUGUAUGAACAUUACUUUGACCUCACUAUAGUAAAUGAUGACUUCGAAGAGGCGUACAGAAACCUCAAGACGGCAUUAGAGAAACUGAAAGGAGCUCAACAGUGGGUACCAGUUGGAUGGGUCUUUUAGGGCAUGAUGGAGGAGCAACUUUUGGGUGUUCAUGUGACGCCAGUGUAACCCAGAUCAUAUCAUUAACCUUGUGCCAAUAUGUUACCAGUCUGAGAGAUCUGGGUCCUGUAUGAGUUCAUGUGUGAGUAUGCAUGGCUACCACCUACCCUUUACAAAAAAACGGAGAACUUGCAGUUCAACAACAUAAUGUCACAAUUUACACAGUUUUUGCGUUUAGUUUGGAGUAUAAACAUUCAAAGCAUUUUUGAAAUGACAAAUUGUUGAAUAUUACAUGCAUACAC